GACGCCAUGGCAGCGACUCCGGCCACCACUAACGCCCAGCGAACCUAGCUCAGAGCUCACUCACAGACAACAUUCAGCCAAGACCAAUAUUUACGGGAUGGGCUUCCAUGCGAGCCGUGCCAUCGCCGCGCUCCUCCUGGCGGCUCUGUCCAUCGCUGCUACCCCGCGCGGCGCCUCGGCGGUGGUGCAGUGCGGCCAGGUCACCCAGCUGAUGGCCCCCUGCAUGCCGUACCUCGGCGGCGCGCCUGGGAUGACACCUUACGGCAUCUGCUGCAACAGCCUCGGGGUGCUCAACCAGCUCGCCGCCACCACCGCCGACCGUGUCGCCACCUGCAACUGCGUCAAGGCGGCGGCCGCCACCGGGUUCCCCAGCGUCGACUUCGGACGCGCGGCCUCGCUCCCCGGCGCGUGCGGCCUCUCCAUCAACUUCGUCGUCACCCCCAACAUGGACUGUAACCAGCUGCCCUUGCGCAUCGCAAACUCAGCCAACUCCUUUGCAAGUAUGUCCGGUGAGCUCGUGUGCAGCCUCGUCUGGAUGAAGCUGCCCGCCUCGGCUGAACUGACGUGGUCCCAGAGCCCGCCGGUGGCAAGGAUCAGGAACUUGUCUCGUGGCUUCCGCUCAACCAUCAUGACUCCCGGUUUUGGGAAAUACGGCCUGAACACUGCGAAGGAAGUGUAUCUCUAUAGUCUUCAGCAUGGUAGAAACAAGAAGGCAAGAAAUAAUAUUGGCCUUUGA